AUGGCCGAGCCUCGCGCAAAGCGCCCCAAGAUUACAAGGGGUGAAGAUGACUAUAUGCCGGGAAGUAUAACUGAGAUUGAGCUCCAUAAUUUUAUGACCUUUGAUGACUUAAAAUGCAAACCGGGGUCUCGUUUAAACCUUGUAAUUGGACCAAAUGGUUCUGGAAAGAGCUCUCUCGUGUGUGCAAUAGCACUGGGUCUGGGUGGUGAGCCUCAGUUACUUGGGAGGGCGACCAGUGUUGGAGCAUAUGUGAAGCGUGGGGAGGCAUCCGGUUAUAUUAAAAUUACCUUGAGAGGGAAUUCUAAAGAGGAGGAUAUUGUUAUUAUACGUAAGAUUGAUACACGUAACAAAUCUGAAUGGUUAUACAAUGGUAAGGAGUUUAAUACAUGGAAUAAUUCUCAAAAGUGA